AUGUCAGCUAAGAGAAGCAAUUCAGAAGGAAAUGAUCUGAAUAAGAAACGAUCGCAAUUGCUUCCACAAAUGUCACGGAUUUCUCGAUCAAUUUCAGCAUGUCAAAGAUGUAGGGUCAAAAAGAUUAAAUGUGACCAAAAUUUUCCAAAGUGUACGAAAUGUGAUAAAGCAGAUGUUGAUUGUGUUGGCUUGGAUUCAGUUACAGGUAGGGAAGUCCCUAGAUCUUACGUCAUGUACUUGGAAAAUAGGAUCAUGCAAUUAGAAGAAAAAAUAACCGGUGGAGGAAUAUGCCCCAUUGAUAAUAAUAACGAAGUAACGGAGGAAGCCGAACCUCGACAUGAUGAUGAUCCAAUAACUAAUUAUACUGAAGAUAGUAAGUUAGGUAUACUUCCACAAGUGCUGAGUCAACAGGUACCAUUUGAGAAUAUUGAUGCAUCAAUAUUCGACGGUUCAGGUAUUUCGUUUUCAAAAUUGAUGUUCACUGCUAUAAGGACUCACAGCGGGGGAAAAGAAAAAGAUAAGAUAAAUACAAUAAUGGGUUUUGAAAAUACUAGUGCAUUGCCUGCUAUAUUGCCUCCAAAAAUCACUGCUCAGGAAUUUUUAAAGAUUUUUUUUUCACAAUCAAACCCCCAGUUACCGAUAUUUCAUAGGGAAGAGUUCAUACGAAAAUAUUUCAUUCCGAUCUAUGGUAAAUUAGACGAGGACGUAAUACUAGGCAAUAACUAUACAUCGAUAAAUGUAUCAUUGUUUCAAGGUGCAGAGAAUAUUAGGGAUGAAGACACAUGGUUUUUUCAAUAUAAACAAGAAUUUCAAAAACGACUACAAACUACCAAUAAUACCGUGGACCCAAAUGAAAUAUCCAACACCAUUGUUCCCCCAAAGAAAUUUCAUAAAGCAUUAUAUUUCUUAAGUAUGGCUUUUGCUAUUUCUUGUUCCGUUCAUCAUCUACAAUAUCAUUCGAAUAUAUCAAACUCUUUUAAAAUAGCAGCAAACAGAUACUUUGAAAUAGCAAGUUCUUCGGAGGAUAAAUUGGAGUCAUUGCAAAGUAUCCUAUUACUAACAUUAUAUUCUCUUAUGAGACCAACUGUUCCGGGGGUUUGGUACGUUCUUGGGUUAGCAUUAAGGGUUUGUGUAGAUUUGGGAUUGCAUAAGGAACCCUCAAUCCAAAAUUCAAAUUCAAUAGACUUUUUCACCCAAGAUAAAAGAAGACGGCUAUUUUGGUGUACAUACGCAUUGGAUAGACAGAUUUGCUUUUACUUAGGCAGACCUAUCGGUAUUCCUGAGGAGAGUAUUGAUACUCCAUUUCCUUCUGUCUUAGAUGAUUCAUUCAUAGGGAACAAUAAUUCGAAAGACCCGCCACUUCUUAAAAGCGAUUCACCGACAUAUAAAUCUAUAUCAUUAGCAUUCUUCGAAAUGAGACGAAUUCAAAGUGAAGUGCAGAAAGUUUUAUAUGAAGACUCCGAUAUACCACGUAAUUUUUCUGAUUUACAUGAAUGGAAAUUAGAUAUAAUUGAAAAAUUGAAAAAUUGGAAGCUCCAUUUGCCUAAGACUGAAAGAGACAUGAAUUGUGAUUUUAACGUAGAGUUUUUUAACUUGAAUUAUAAUCAUACAGUAUUAAUGAUUCAUGGACUUUCCCCGAAGAAUAAUAAGUUAUCGGUUCCUGAUUUCAUACGACUUCAAGACUCUUCGAAAGAAAUAAUACAUUGUUAUAACCAGUUACACGCAAGCAAAUGCAUCAACUAUACAUGGGUUACAGUUCAUAAUUUAUUUUUGGCCGGGACCUGCUAUUUAUAUGCGAUUUACAGCAGUGACGAUGUUUGCAAACAGAAUGGUUUACAUGAAGUGAAAAUUGUAUCACGAGAAUGUAUUAAUGUUUUGAACUCAUUAAUUGACAAAUGUGCAGCUGCUUAUAAUUGCCGUCACAGUUUUGAGGUACUUACUGCUGCAGUAGUAAAACUUAGAUAUAAUGAAAUAAUGCAUGGAUUUGAUAGCUAUAUUCCUACCGCUCAGCAAAUUGCUAAAAAUCAACCCGUGGGUUACGUUAAUUCAAAUCUUGACAACUUGGUUCAGAACUUAGAAUCAAGAUCAGAAUCAGAGGAUAAUAGCAAGCUCAUUGAGAAACACACACAAAUGGAUGUGGUAAAUAACUUCUUUCAUUUUGCAUCAAAUACCUCCACGAAAGAAGAUGAAGUGAAUAAUGAAAGUGAUACAAUAUGUCAAUCACCAUCCACGUUUGAAUGGAUUAGUAUCGAUAAAUCGUCAAAACCAAGCAAUAACAACCUUACUGAUAUACAAAACUCCGGGAAUCACUUAAAUACUUUCUUCGAUAACUUGGACAAGUUACCGCCAUUGCCAAUUGAGGCAGAUGAUUACAUAAAUGACAAUAAUAUGACUGGUAACUCCGACGCUGAACAUAAUCAUCAUCCAAUACAAGCAGACAACAAUAAUUAUAAAUCACAAGCAAGAAUGAAGUUAUCGGAAAGCCAAUAUCAAGGUAGUUCUCAUGUGCAUCAACCUAAAGAUAGAAAACAACAAUUUGGAUUGCCAGAUGCUCCAGUAGAUUCAAUAUGGGAUCAAUUUCUAACAUCAGUGACACCUGCUUUUGGAUUAAACUCUUCUCUGUUUAUGUUGCAAGACAAAUCAGAAAAUCACGACAAGUAUCAACUUUAA